AUGAGAUUUUGUCCCAAAUAACUGCUUAAAAAUAAGACUGGACCAAAUAACUUCUUAAAAAUAAGACUGUACCAAAUAACUGCUUAAAAAUAAGACUGUACCAAAUAACAGUUUAGAAAUAAGACUGUACCAAAAAAUAACUGCUUAAGAAUAAGACUCUGUACCAAAUAACUGCUUAAAAAUAAGACUCUGUACCAAAUAACUGCUUAAAAAUAAGACUCUGCACCAAAUAACUGCUUAAAAAUAAGUCUGAAUAUUUAAACAGUAAUUUGGUACAAAGGCUGUAUAUUUUUACAAUAUUAUGGUGCAGUCUUAUUAUUAAGCAGAUAUCUGGUUAUUUGGUGCAAAAUCUCAUCAAAAAUUGAUCAACAAAUCAAUCAAAAGUGUAUUCAGAAUUCCACUUUCAUAAUCUAGCAAAGAAAUUAACUUUUUCUCUUUAAUGAAUCUCUACCACGAAUUUUGUAGGCUAUUUUGACUUUGGUAUAGGCCUAUGUAGAAUCAUUGUGACCUUUAUAAUAGCACUGCUGACAACCGGCAAGUGAAUAAUCAACAGAAUGAAUUGUCAAUCUAUGUAAUUUUUAUCUAAUACGAUUAUCCUAUUUGUGCGAUUAUUAGAAUGGAGAUGAUAAAUUAAUCUGAAACUGGUGUACAUUUAUCACUGUUUACCAGGCACCAGCAUUUGAGAAGGAAUAGGUCAUUCUAAGGGGAUGCGUGUCUUUUUACUUCCGUUGGUGCUCCUGGCCUGUGCCGCGUGUAGCAUUGACGCCUAUGGAAGCGGCAGUGGAAGCGGAAGCGGUAGCUAUGGUGAUGAUGAGGAUAGUGAGGAAUCUGGAGAAAUUGAAGAAUCGGUUGAAGUGAUCAACGAAAAUGCUUUUUGUUCCAAUGGUUGGGAGAGCUUUCGUGGUAAAUGCUACUACUUUGGCAGAGCUGAUUUAAAUUUCACAAAAGCUAGAUCAUUCUGCCAAGGUGUUGACUCCGACCUUGUAGUCAUUGGCUCUAGAUUGGAAAGCAAUUACAUUACGAAGAAGGUAACUGAACAUAAGCUUGGAUGGGCGUGGAUUGGCCUAACGGAUGCAGAAACUGAGGGCCAGUGGAAAACUGUUGAAGGAAAUCAGCUGAAAUUCAAAAAUUGGCAAGAUGGCUCUCCAAGUCAGUGGCGGGGUGAUACGACGGAUUGUGCACAUAUCGGUUUUAUACCAUAUGUUCCACACGGACGAGGCGUCGACAAGUGGAAAACUAUACAAUGUUCACAAGAUUUGCCAUUUAUCUGCGAAAAAAGCGCAUCCGAGUUCUCUACACUGUUCCAACAAUGUAAGGUAACAGGAUUAGGGGCGGAGUACAUGGGCAACGAGACCAAGACGAAAUCCGGCAAGCCAUGCCUAGAUUGGGAGAAAGCUGUUGGUUCCAAUAAGGAAUGGCUAAAGGCUGUUGACUGGCCCAAAUGCAGAGGAUGUAAAGCUGAGAAAGCCGAAACUCCAAAAGCUAAAAACUCCUGUAGAAAUCCAGAUUCAACAGAAUUUGGACCGUGGUGUUUCACGGAUCUUAAAGGCACAAAAGAAAUGUGCGAUGUUCCAUUCUGCGAAGGCCAAGACGAAAAUAUCAAGACAGUUUCUGAUACGUACUCCGGCAAGGAAUACACCUUCGUGCUUCCUCCUACCUUGAUGACAUACCGCACAGCCAGCGCCUUUUGUAACUCUCGGGGAGGAGCCAAGCUGUUGAUGAUUGACAACGAAGAGGAGGAUAUGUGGGUUGCCAAGGUGAUGGUGAAGUUGGGUCAGCGUAGAUCUCUAAUUGGGAUAACUGAUGACCUCUGGGAGUGGGACUGGAGAACACAGGAUGGCGAGGAUUUUUACAGGUGGAAGGAAUACCAUAAUUGGGGAUACAGAGAACCAACUACCAUCGGAGGCGAAACACAAGACUGUAAUUAUGUAGAUGUCGAUUUUCUGAUCGACCCAGCAAUGCUCCCCUCGGCUAAAAAACCUUAUUGGGCUGACACUACUUGUAAUACGCCACUCAAUGUCAUAUGUGAAAAGCCUUUAGCUGGUAAAGGUAAAGAAACAAAGAUCUAGAAUUAUGAUGCAUCCUCACUACUAUCAUCACAGAUCGCACCGCAAUGGUCGAACAUAUUUAUCUAUCAAAAGAUGAUCGUAGGAAGAUGAAUGUUCUUUUUGAUGAACCCUGGGUGUCAGUAUUCUGUACCUGUAAUGAAUAUGAAUAAAGUAAAUAUUAAGCUA